AUGGCCUCCAAACGACCCAAUUUUCUCAUCAUUGUGGCGGAUGAUAUGGGCUUUUCUGAUGCUGGCUGUUUCGGCUCAGAGAUUCGUACCCCAAACAUUGACAAACUGGCAAACGAUGGAAUUCGUCUCACUGGUUUCCAUGCUGCAGCCGCCUGUUCCCCUACAAGAGCGAUGAUACUCACUGGAACAGACCAUCAUAUCGCCGGUCUCGGCAAUUUGAUCGAAUGGACCGAUUUCAGCGGACAGAAUUUCCCCAAGGGGAGCAAGUAUUCCACCGCUCCUCAGAGAGGCAUGCCGGGUUAUGAAGGUUACUUGAACUCGAGGGUGGCGUCACUGCCCGAAAUAUUGAAAGACGGAGGAUACCAUACUAUCAUGAGCGGGAAAUGGCAUCUCGGUCUUACCAAGGAAAGAAGCCCCCACGCGCGUGGUUUUGACCGAAGUUUGGCGUUGUUACCUGCAUGUUCAAAUCACUACGAUUGGAGACCAGAGGCGGACUUUCCCAAAUUCUUGGAAAAGAGCGUCAUUGCUUUGCACAUGGAGGAUGACCACUAUGUCCAGGAUCUCCCCGAGGGCUGGUACUCCAGUAAUGGCUAUGGAGACCGAAUGCUGAAAUACCUGGAGGAAUGGAGAGAGGACAAGGAACUCUCCCCCAAACCAUUCUUUGCAUACUAUCCCUUUUCUGCCCCCCAUUGGCCUCUGCAAGCACCCAAAGAGUACAUUGAGCACUAUCGAGGCGUCUAUAAAGAUGGGCCGGAAGCGCUCCGUCAGGCACGAUUGAAGAAACUAGUUGAAUUGGGCAUGAUACCCCACGAUGUCAAACCCCACCCAGUUGUCGCAGACGAAGUCCAAGGGUGGGAUGAGAUGGAUGAUUUCCACCAAAGGGCCUCCUGUGCGGCAAUGGAAGCAUAUGCAGGGAUGGUCGAGUGUCUCGACCACAAUAUCGGUCGAGUGACCGAUUACCUCGAGAAAAUUGGCGAGCUGGACAACACCUAUGUCAUGUUCUUCUCCGACAACGGUGCUGAGGGAGCAGCAUAUGAAGCAUAUCCCAUGGUUGCCGGCGAGUUGAUGGCCCAUAUCGGCAAGUACUACGACAAUUCCCUCGGCAAUAUCGGCAGCAAGGAUAGUUUUGUAUGGUAUGGUCCUCGAUGGGCUCAGGCCGCAACGGCCCCUAGCCGACUGUAUAAAGCAUACACCACCGAAGGCGGUGUUCGCGUUCCGUGCGUCAUUCGCUAUCCCCCAAUCCACCAAGGCCGAAAAGGAGAAAUAAGCGAAACCUUCGCCACUGUCAUGGACAUUGCGCCGACGCUCCUGGCACUGAGCGGUAUCAAACACCCCAGUCCAGAAUGGAAGGGCCGCCAGGUCGUCCCCAUGCGUGGAAAGGACAUGUCAUCCUGGCUGAAAGGAGAGACCCAACUCAUCCACGACCCCAACGAGGCCUUUGGAUGGGAACUCUGCGGCCGCGCCGCAAUCCGCAAAGGCCCGUGGAAAGCCGACUUCAUCCCUUACCCCAAGGGGACGUCUGCCUGGCAACUGUACGACCUGUCGAAAGAUCCCGGCGAAACCGAGGAUCUGGCUACCCAACACCCGGAGAUUCUGCAGGACCUGCUCGCGCUCUGGGAGACGUACUGCGAGGAAACGGGCGUGGUCCCUCUGCAGCCGGAACUCGGGGCGCGGUUCCACGAGGCGGUCGAGGCGCAGAUGAAAGAGGGCGAAUGGAUCGAAUACGAGUACUGGAAGCCCGGGGCCCUGGAGGAGCGUAACAGGCAAGACUUUGUCAGGCAGAUUGCCAAAGUAGCGGACCCGCGUAUCAAGGAGGCCACGGCCGGUUAG